GCCAGUCCCGCCCGUCCCACCCACUCGCCCGCCCGCUGCGAUCCUGCCGGACCCUGUGCUCCAGCUCUUCGACUUCCCGGCUGGAGAGUUUCGGCGACCACCCGCGGCAUGGGCACAGCUUCCUCGCUCGUGAGCCCUGCGGGCGGGGAGGUGAUUGAGGACACGUAUGGGGCGGGCGGCGGCGAGGCCUGCGAGAUCCCGGUGGAGGUGAAGCCCAAAGCCCGCCUGCUGCGCAGCUCGUUCCGCCGGGGCGCUGGGGUUGCGGGUGCCGGGCCCGGGUCUCUGCCCCGAGCGGCGGGCGGGGGCGGCUUGCUGGGCGCCAGCUUCAAGUCCACGGGCUCCUCGGUGCCCGAGCUGGAGUACGCGGCGGCCGAGUACGAGCGACUCAAAAAGGAGUAUGAGAUCUUCCGGGUCAGCAAGAACCAGGAGUUGUUGUCCAUGGGCCGCCGUGAGGCCAAGCUGGACACCGAGAACAAGCGGCUGCGGGCCGAGCUGCAGGCGCUUCAGAAAACUUACCAGAAGAUUCUUCGGGAAAAAGAAAGUGCUUUAGAAGCAAAAUAUCAAGCAAUGGAGAGAGCAGCUACGUUUGAACAUGACAGAGAUAAAGUUAAAAGGCAAUUCAAGAUUUUUAGGGAGACCAAAGAAAAUGAAAUUCAGGACUUACUGAGGGCCAAGCGAGAGCUGGAGAGCAAGCUUCAGAGGUUGCAGGCUCAGGGGAUCCAAGUAUUUGAUCCUGGAGAGUCGGAUUCAGAUGACAACUGUACGGAUAUUACUGCAUCUGGAACCCAGUGUGAGUACUGGGCUGGUGGAGCCCUGGGCAGCGAACCCUCCCUGGGGAGCAUGAUCCAGCUUCAGCAGUCCUUCCGAGGCCCAGAGUUUGCGCACAGUUCUGUAGAUGUGGAAGGCCCCUUUGCAAAUGUCAACAGAGAUGACUGGGAUAUUGCUGUAGCUAGUUUGUUGCAGGUUACUCCCUUGUUUUCACAUUCUCUGUGGAGUAACACUGUCAGAUGUUACCUCAUUUACACAGAUGAAACCCAGUCUGAAGUGGAUCUUUUCCUAAAGGACUAUUCACCGAAACUUAAAAGAAUGUGUGAGACAAUGGGAUAUUUUUUCCAUGCUGUUUAUUUUCCAAUAGAUGUUAGAAAUCAGUAUCUCACUGUAAGAAAAUGGGAAAUUGAGAAGAGCUCUUUAGUUAUUUUAUUCAUUCACUCAUCUUUACCAAGCCUUUUGUUGGAAGACUGUGAAGAAGCUUUUCUGAAAAACCCUGAAGGAAAACCACGAUUAAUUUAUCAUCGUUUGGAGGAUGGGAAAGUCAGUUCCGACUCUGUGCAGCAAUUGAUUGGUCAAGUGUGUAACCUCAACAAGGCCAACAAAGCCAAGAUCAUUGAUCAUUCAGGAGAUCAUGCAGAAGGAGUAUAUAAAACUUACAUUUGUGUGGAAAAGAUUAUUAAACAGGACAUUCUGGGCUUUGAGAACACAGACCUGGAUACUAAGGAUUUGGGCACUGAAGAGUCCAUUCCAGAAGAGGAUGAUUUGGGGGAUGUUCUGUGGGACAUACAUGAUGAGCAAGAACAAAUGGAAGCUUUUCAGCAGGCCUCUAAUUCAGCCCAUGAGUUGGGAUUUGAGAAAUAUUAUCAACGCCUUAAUGAUCUAGUGGCAGCACCAGCCCCGAUUCCACCCCUUCUGGUGUCUGGAGGACCAGGUUCUGGAAAGUCCCUUCUUUUAUCCAAGUGGAUUCAGUUGCAGCAGAAGAGUUCCCCUAACAUGCUGAUUCUUUCUCAUUUUGUGGGGAGGCCCAUGUCAACCAGCUCAGAAUCCUCCUUGAUUAUUAAACGGCUGACUCUAAAGUUGAUGCAGCACUCCUGGUCAGUGUCUGCUCUGACGCUUGAUCCUGCUAAGCUGCUGGAAGAAUUUCCACAUUGGCUGGAAAAACUCUCUGCUCGCCAUCAAGGCAGCAUCAUCAUCAUCAUUGAUUCUAUAGAUCAAGUUCAGCAAGUUGAAAAACACAUGAAAUGGCUCAUAGAUCCACUGCCCGUGAAUGUCAGAGUGAUUGUCUCUGUGAAUGUGGAAACUUGCCCUGCUGCCUGGAGGUUGUGGCCUACACUUCAUCUCGAUCCCUUAAAUCCGAAAGAUGCAAAAUCUAUUAUAAUUGCAGAAUGCCAUUCAGUAGACAUUAAAUUGAGUAAAGAGCAGGAGAAGAAGCUAGAACGACACUGUCGUUGUGCUGCCACCUGCAAUGCCCUCUAUGUCACCCUUUUCGGCAAAAUGAUGGCACGUGCUGGGAAAAGAGGCAAUUUAGACAAAACCCUUCAUCAGUGCCUGCAGUGUCAAGAUACUGUUUCAUUAUAUAGACUUGUUCUACACUCCAUCCAGGAGUCCAUGGCAAGUGAUGUGGAGAAAGAGCUAAUGAGACAGGUUCUCUGCCUUGUCAAUGUUAGUCACAAUGGUGUGAGCGAAUCAGAACUGAUGGAACUCUAUCCUGAAACACCCUGGGCCAUCUUGACCUCCCUUAUUCACAGUUUACACAAAAUGUGUUUGUUGACCUAUGGUUGUGGCUUGCUCAGGUUUCAGCAUCUGCAGGCCUGGGAAACAGUGAGACUUGAGUACAUGGAUGAUCGCACUAUUAUUUCUUCAUAUAGGCAAAAGCUAAUCAGCUAUUUCAACUUGCAGCUGAGUCAGGACAGAGUGACCUGGAGAAGUGCGGAUGAGCUACCCUGGCUUUUCCAGCAGCAGGGAGCUAAGCAGAAGCUGCACAAUUGCCUUCUCAAUCUCUUCGUGUCUCAAAACCUUUACAAAAGAGGACACUUUGCUGAGUUGCUGAGUUAUUGGCAGUUUGUUGGCAAAGACAAAAGUGCGAUGGCAGCAGAAUACUUUGAUUCAUUGAAGCAGUAUGAGAAAAACUGUGAAGGCGAGGAGAACAUGAUUUGCUUAGCUGAUCUAUAUGAAACGCUGGGGCGAUUUCUCAAGGACCUAGGCCUUCUCAGUCAGGCUGUGGUGCCUUUGCAGAGGUCUCUAGAAAUUCGAGAAACAGCUUUAGAUCCAGAUCACCCAAGAGUAGCCCAGUCCCUUCACCAACUGGCAAGUGUGUAUGUGCAAUGGAAGAAGUUUGGCAAUGCAGAACAACUAUAUAAACAGGCCUUGGAAAUCUCAGAAAAUGCUUAUGGUGCAGACCAUCUGCAUACUGCUCGUGAACUUGAGGCACUUGCAACUUUGUACCAGAAACAAAAUAAAUAUGAACAAGCUGAACAUUUUAGGAAAAAAUCCUUUAAAAUUCGUCAGAAAGCUACAAGGAAAAAGGGCAAUUUGCAUGGAUUUGCCCUUUUACGCAGACGGGCCCUGCAGUUAGAAGAGCUUACGUUGGGUAAGGACACACCUGAUAAUGCCCGGACCCUCAAUGAACUCGGUGUUCUCUACUAUCUUCAGAAUAACCUAGAAACAGCUGACCAGUUUUUAAAGCGUUCCCUAGAGAUGAGGGAACGAGUUCUAGGACCUGAUCAUCCUGACUGUGCCCAGUCUCUGAAUAAUCUGGCAGCUCUAUACCAUGAAAAGAAGCAGUAUGACAAAGCGGAGGAACUCUAUGAGAGAGCUUUGGACAUUCGGAGACGAGCCUUAGCUCCGGAUCACCCUUCUUUAGCAUAUACAGUGAAGCAUCUUGCAAUCUUGUAUAAGAAAAUGGGGAAACUUGACAAAGCUGUACCUUUGUAUGAAUUGGCUGUUGAAAUUCGGCAGAAAUCCUUUGGCCCAAAGCACCCUAGUGUAGCUACUGCCUUGGUGAACUUAGCAGUUCUUUAUAGCCAAAUGAAAAAGCACAUUGAAGCCUUGCCAUUGUAUGAAAGAGCAUUAAAGAUUUAUGAAGAUAGCCUGGGUCCGAUGCAUCCUCGAGUUGGAGAAACAUUAAAAAAUUUAGCUGUGCUUAGCUAUGAAGAAGGGGAUUUUGAAAAAGCUGCUGAACUGUACAAAAGGGCAAUGGAAAUAAAAGAAGCAGAAACGUCACUCUUGGGUGGGAAAGCUCCUUCGAGACAUUCAUCAAGUGGAGACACAUUUAGCCUAAAAACAACUCAUUCUCCUAAUAUUUUCCUUCCUCAAGGACAAAGGUAACAGCACCAGUUCUUCACAAAUGUACCGUAGGAUAAAAUAAACAUUUGGAGCAUUAGAAUUAAAAACUUAAUAUUUUUAAGAAAAUUUAUUUAGGGCCUGGGAUUUAGCUCAGUGGUUCCGCCACCUGCCUUGCAAGUGCGAGGUCCCGAGUUUGAUUCCCAGUACCAAAAAAAAAAAAAAAGAAAGAAAAUUUAUUUUUACUGAGUGUUAUAUAACUGGUAUUUCUGUGACAUAUUGAUUUUAAAUUGUGAUUGUGUCACUUGUAUGGAGUCCGUGGUUGUAGACACUUUCGCGCUCUUAAGAUGACAUAAAUGGACAAGAGGAGUGUGCAAGUCUCUAGUUUGCCAGAGCUGGCAUAGCAGUCAAGAGCAGGAGUUGAACUCCCUGGUUCUUUUCUGUCAAAUAUAACUUCAGCCUUGGCAAGUUCAUUCCUUGUCUUGUUUCUUAUCAGUGGUUGGGCCUAGUUUUCUGUCUCAAAGGAAAGUUUGAAGAAUUAAAUGGAUAAUGUUCGUGAUAGGUUUGAAUUGUUGGCAGUAAAACAAAUUAGUCACGAGAA